ACUGAUGUCCACGUUCCUUCCUGAACCUUCUGUGGUUCUGCGCCAUUCAUCUCUCUUCUCUUUCUCUCUCCCCGAUAGGCUGGUGGAAAGAAGAGAAGAGAAAAAAGAAAUAUGGCCGACGACAGUCCACGUGUUUUAGGCGCGUCAAUGAAGCCGACUGGGAAACGUCAUUCCGGCCUCUGCAUUAACGUAGACGGCGGCAAUGUAGAGAAACUGGAACGUAAACUAAGGAAACGGUCCGCCGAGAAAGAGAAGCUUGAUGCUCUUGAAAACAACAAUCAUAAAACAAAGAUGUCUCAAGAGGAUGUGGUACAAAGUAAACAAAAAAAGAAAAAGAGAAAAGUGACAUUUAACUGCAAUGAUGCUACUUCUGAUGUGGAUAUUUCAAAGGAGGAUCUAAAUGAGAACAUAAAGACUGUAAAAGCAACACCUAAAUCUAAAAGGCAAUUGAAAAAAGAAAAGGCUGAAAGAGCAGAAAUUGAAAAGAAGCAGACUCAAAGCGAGAGAAGCAAAUCAAAUGCCAAGCAGAAGGCAUUAAGCUAUCUAUCCACAUGGAAACAUUGUAGAAACGAAUGGAAGUUUGAGAAGCUCAAACAGAUCUGGUUGAUGGAUAAUUUGUUAGAUGAGAAUGCCAUCUCCGAUGAUCUUUUCCCUGUCGUCCUGGAAUAUUUCGAGGGCUGCAAAGGCAUGGCGCGCGAAGUGUUGAUGCGUAAGGGAAUGGAAAUUAUAAGGAAAGCCGAGUCAGAGACGGACGAGGACAGCAAGAGGGAUAUUAUGAAAUCAAUCGCUUACUCGAGAGCAAGGCAACUGUUGCAGACUUUACCAUUUGACAAGUAGUGUCAACUUUAGAAAAAAUAAUAUACAGAUUAUAAAAAGAAAACGUUAGAUUACGUUCGAUUACAUCAGAUGAUUCGAGAGAUAAUACGUGAGAAACUUCGGCAGUGAAACUCGCCACGAAGUUCCAUGUAAGUCUCGUUGUUUGUAGAUUAAGUGUGUUAUGUGAUCGCAACGACUAAUUUAGAUAUUAAAAAUGCGCUACAUUAAAAACUUUACUAUGAAAAAUUUCAAACAUUUCAAUGUUUUUAAAUUGAAUCUCAAUGAGAUUCAAUUUUGAUCUUAUUCAAUAAUACUUUAUAUAAUUUUUUCUGUAUAGCUUUUAUUUACUAAUACAUAUUUGUUUCUGUAUAUGUUGAGAACAAAAGGCCUUCUGUGAUUGAAAUGUUUGAAGUUUUUCAGCCGCCAGUCAUUGGAGCCAACGCUUUAGAUAUGUGACUCUGUGCAGUUACAUACGACAUAUGUUAAAUAUGAAGCAAUUUUAUUUCUUAAUUUAGCUUCAUUGCAAAUAAAGAAAACAUUUAUAUUUUC